UAGCAUUAAAGUCGGCGCUGCUUUCCAGUGAGAGUGAACAAAAUUGUACCCCUUUGGCGCUCUGUUUACAUUUUUCGUGCCUUUCACACGCAUUUUAUCGUGCAUUUGCUUUCAAAUAAUGUUCUAUUUUUUGUUUUGUUCGCUUUGAGCACAAGUUUAUUACCAACUUUGCUUUGCAUUGCCAUUGCUGUGUCAAAAUUCACGAAACGAGCGCUACCACGUGCAACAGCUGGGCAGAAGUAAGUGAACGGGCGUGAAAAAAUAAUAUUUCAUUUCUAAAAUAUUUUUAACAAUAAAAUUAUUGUGUUAUUGCUUGUGUAAAAGCAAGUGAAAAUGGGUAAAAAAGUGUAUAACGCCAAAGCGCGUCAAAAUCCCAAAACGCUUGUGGAUAAUUCUGCGGUCAAAGAUAUAAAAAUUGAAUGGGCUGAAGGUGUAACCGAGGCAGGCACCGGCUACGAUGAUGCCAAUGCAUUGGCCUUACCCUCACAGAAGCGUGCCACCAAAGUGCAAGUGGAUAAGCAGCAACAUGUGAAGAUAUUAUCGAAGAAGCAACGCAAGCAUCUGCAACAAAUUGUAGACAAGAAGAAAAAGAAGGAGGGCCGUGCUGAAUUACUACAAGCCUUAGCAAGCGUACAAGUGCCUGAACAGGAGUUGAAACAGUACACAUCCAUCAGUCAAGUGCAAACGGUAGGCGUGAAAAAACUGCAAACGCUGGAAGAAGUGUUAGCAAAGAAACAACAACGCCAAACAGAGCAAGCCACCAGCAAAGUAGUGGGCAAAAUUAGCGCAAUCAAAGGCGCAGCUAAACGGAAACUUCUUAUUGAAGAUGAAGAAGAGUUGGCUGCUAAGCGGCGUGAUCCCAAUGUAGUAAGUCUCGAGGGAGAUGAUGAUGAAGAUAGCGACAGUGAGAGCAAUACAGAAAGUGACACUGAAACGCAAGAGAACCAAAAAGAGGCAGUUGAUAGCGGUGCAGCGCCAAAGUCUACUGAAGAUAUUGCCGAAUGCGAGAAAACACAAAUAAGUGAUUCGAAAACGACUGAGAAUUUUGCUGAGAAAACAGUAGAUGCUAAAACUAAAACAGAGAGCGCAUCAAAUGUCGGUAAACCGCCUGUGCCAUCGCGUACCACAGUUUUCGUGCCCGUACAUCGCGAUGCUGAUGUGCAGGCAGCACGUCUGAAGUUGCCAAUCUUAGGCGAGGAGCAAGAAAUAAUGGAAACAAUUAAUGAGAACCAAAUUAUAAUUGUUGCCGGUGAAACGGGCUCCGGCAAGACAACUCAAAUUCCACAAUUUCUCUAUGAGGCGGGCUAUGCACAGAAUAAUAAGAUUAUUGGCAUAACAGAGCCGCGUCGCGUGGCCGCUAUAGCCAUGUCAAAGCGUGUGGCGCGUGAAAUGAAUCUAACGGAUAAGGAAGUCUCCUAUCUGAUACGCUUCGAGGGUAAUGUUACGCCACAAACGCGUAUCAAGUUCAUGACAGACGGUGUGUUGUUGAAGGAGGUCGAAAGUGACUUCCUGCUACAUCGUUAUUCGGUCAUAAUACUCGAUGAAGCGCACGAGCGUAGCGCCUACACUGAUAUUUUAGUUGGGCUGCUGUCGCGUAUUGUGCCUUUGCGGCAAAAGCGCGGCGAUCCGCUCAAGUUGAUUAUUAUGUCUGCGACGCUGCGUGUCGAGGAUUUUAUAGGGAACACAAAACUGUUUAAAUAUCCACCGCCAUUGCUGACUGUGGAAGCGAGACAGUUUCCGGUGACUGUGCACUUUCAGCGGCACACACCCUCGGAUUACUUGCAAGAAGCUUUCAGGAAGACGGUGAAAAUACAUUCAAAGCUGCCAGACGGUGGAAUUCUGAUUUUUUUGACAGGUCAGCAGGAGGUAAAUACGUUGGUUAGAAAGCUGCGCCGUACUUUUCCCUAUAUUAAGAAGGACGAUUUGAAGAAUGUGGCGGAGAAGGAAAAGGAAGUAGAUGAAAAAUUGAAAAAUUCGCAGAAAGAGUACAAUGAAAAAGCCGAGAGCUCCACAGAUACAUCUCUAGAGAUCAAGGGGAAAACUGAGCAAAUGGACGAAGACUCGGAAGCUACCACUCAGCUUCGCAGCGAACAGAAUGAGGAGGAUUCUGAUGUCGAAUUCGAUAUGAAACGUGCCAUACGUAGCGUGAAGAAGUCGAAGAAGAAGUUCAUGUCUCAAAUUGCGCUUCCAAAAAUCAACCUCGACGAUUAUAAACUGCCAGGCGAUGACACCGAAGCUGACUUACACGACACACAGCAUAGUGAUUCGGAGGCUGAAGCCGGCACAGGUGAAAGCGGGGAUGAGGAGGAAGACGCAGAUGGCGAUGAGAACACAGCUGCACACAUCGCCGCUACCAAGCAACCACUUUGGGUACUGCCGCUUUAUUCAUUGCUCUCGCCAGAAAAACAAAAUCGCAUAUUUCAGCCACCACCCGAAGGCUGUCGCCUCUGCAUAGUAAGCACCAAUGUCGCCGAAACUUCGCUCACAAUACCGAACAUCAAAUAUGUCGUAGAUAGCGGCCGACAGAAGACGCGCCUGUAUGAUAAGAUAACCGGCGUGAGCGCCUUCGUUGUCACUUACACCUCCAAAGCGUCAGCGGAUCAGCGCGCUGGACGUGCUGGUCGUGUAAGCGCUGGUCACUGCUAUCGACUCUACUCGAGCGCUGUCUAUAAUCACGAUUUCUUGGAUUUCAGCCAGCCAGAUAUACAAAAGCGACCGGUUGAUGAUCUCAUGUUGCAGAUGCGUUGUAUGGGCAUUGAUCGUGUUGUGAAUUUCCCUUUCCCCUCACCGCCCGAUACCGUACAAUUGCAAGCGGCUGAACAGCGUUUAGUUGUCCUUGGUGCACUAGAGCGCAUGGGUGAAACAAAGGAUGGCAAAGCACUACCGCCCGCUGUUACUAAGUUGGGGCAGGUGAUUUCACGUUUUCCGGUGGCACCACGCUUUGGCAAAAUGCUAGCGCUCUCACAUCAACAAAAUUUGCUGCCCUACACCGUUUGUUUGGUCGCCGCACUCUCAGUGCAAGAGCUGCUCAUGGAAGUGGGACUGAGCGAGCAAGCAGAGGAUGGCGCUGAGAGCAAAACGCUGGCGCGUAAUAAGUGGCAAAAAAAGCGCAUCAGCUGGGCAGCUACAGGUAAUUUCCAGUUGCUCGGCGAUCCCAUGGUGCUGCUACGCGCGGUGGGCGCAGCGGAGUACGCCGGCUCCCAGGGUAAAUUAUCGCAGUUUUGCACUGAAAAUGGUCUAAGACCGAAGGCGCUCACCGAAGUGCGCAAAUUGCGCAUACAACUAACCAAUGAAAUCAACUUGAAUGUGUCCGGUGUGAAUUUGUGCGUUGAUCCGGCCAUGCCACCGCCAACCGAUGCACAAGCGCGCUUUCUGCGUCAAAUUCUGCUAGCUGGCAUGGCUGAUCGCGUGGCGCGCAAGGUAUCGCUUGCCGACAUAAGCGACAAAGAAGAGAAGCGUCGUCUCAAAUAUGCAUACAACUGCGCCGAUAUGGUAGAGCCGGUCUUCAUGCACUCGUCAUCGGUGCUGCGCGGUCAACUGCCCGAAUGGGUUAUCUAUCAGGAGGCGUACGAGACGCAACAUGGCGAUGGUACAAAAAUGUAUAUACGCGGCAUCACCGCCAUCGACCCCGAAUGGCUGCUGCUCUAUGCGCCCUUGCUCUGCAACAUACGUGAUAUCAAAGAAGAGCCCAUGCCACGAUACAAGGAAUCCGACGGCAAGGUAUAUUGCUUUGUAGAGUCUACCUUUGGCAAGGCGGGCUGGGAACUGCCGUUGACAGAGAUGGAAAUGCCGGCGGGUGAGAAGGCUUGCAGCUACUUUGGCGUCUUUCUUCUCGACGGUCAAGUCUGUCCAGUUUUGGCCGCCUACAAGGCGAAGUUGAAGACGACGCCGCCUUCGUUGGUGAAGAGUUGGUCCAAUUUGAAUGAAAGCGUUGUGCGUUUCAAGCGCGCACUCAGCAAUAAGCAGAUAAAUACGCGUGAUAAAUUGCACGCCGAAUGGGCGAAGGAUCCGAACUAUUUACUGGAGGAAUAUCAGAAUAUGCUCUACAACGUUUCCAUUGCCGAACUGUCACCGAAGUGGCCGCCAUUGGAAAGUUUGCAGAGUUGAAAGUUCGUGCGGUUUUGAAUGUUUUAAAGUGUAAUUUUCUUACAAUUUCGUUACCGUUAGUUAUUAAAUUGGAAAAAUGCUGUAUAUAUUUAGAUGUA